AUGUCCAUGCCCAACGAGGCCUUGCAAAAGGUCCUACAGGAAAUCAGCCAGAAAAAGGCAUUUGCCGAACAACAACUCGUCAUCGUCAAGCAGCAAAAAGCAGCUCGAGCAAGAGAAAGCCGCAUGUUGCAGCUUACCUCGUCCGAGGUGUCGUCGCUGCCUGCAGACACAAAGGUGUACGAGGGUGUUGGAAAGAUGUUCGUCUGCACGCCCAUCCCGGAUGUGCAAAAGAGGUUGGAGCAGGAGAGUGAGGCGCUGACUAAAGAGAUGGCGAAUUUGGAUAAGAAGGAGGAUUAUUUGGAGAAGACGUAUGCGAAUAGUAAGAGUAGUCUUGAGCAGGUGCUCAAGGGAGCGGCUUGA